UGUGGCGUUCCUCCCCACUCCAAACUGGCGUUCUCAUCCCCCUUCACCCUUGUGCUAGGAAUGUUGACCAGAGUCUGCCAUAUUGUUACACAGUCCUCUUUCCCUAGGUCUUAUCAGAGUCUCCCCUUUGCCCCGUAUAAUCAGUCUGCUAUCUACCUGGUUCAAGUAUUUCACUCGACCCCUGCCACCCCAUCUGUGCUACUCGAGGCGUUAUUACCUUUCCCCUGCAUCUGGGUGACUAAUUCGAGGCUAAAGCCUCUGAGUAAAUCUCAUGGUCACGUGGACCACGUCUCUAGUCAUUCCGCUGCUGUUCUUGACGUUGUUAUUUCCUACGAUGAAAGCGUCAUGGCGUCAGCUGAUGAAGGGGGUCAAGUGAUACUUUGGCGCCGACGAAAGCGAGCCAGGCCAGAUUUUGCACCUUAA